UCAUGGGGCCCCUGUGUCCUUGCCCAAACUCAAAAAAGCCUAUGAAAAAAGGUACUAGGGGCAUCUUAUGGUGCCCCCUACUGACCCAGGGCCCUCGGGCAGUGCCCGAGUUUUCAAAUGGUCAGUCCGCCCCUGGUUGCUACUAAAUGUCUUAGUGACAGCAGGGCACAGGUAGCUGGUAUUAAGCUGCCUGUCUAUGAGAAGGGACUCUGUUUUUUAUUUUCUCUUGGUAAUCAUUUGUACAAUACACAAAACUUCUGCAAAUGUUUAAUGUGAUAUU